GCUGCCUGCCCACAAAAGGGGCGGAUCCUCCCAAAGUCUCCCAUUGCCUCUCCCAAAUCAUAGUUCCGCCUCCACUCGGCUGCAGUUUUUAACCCAGGACGGUCAAGGUGCUGUGGGUAGACUCUUCGGCUCCUGUCCUGGGAAAGGCAAUCGCCCACGCCUAGUCUGUGUCUAGCGCGGAAAACUGUCGGAUCUUUUUCCCGCCAGCCCAGCACUCCGAGAGGAAGAGUCCCGGGACUCCCACGAAACGCUGAUUGAGUGGGAAGGACACAGAGAAGAAAGUGAAAUUCAGCGGGCGAGCCUGGGCGUCAUCAUGGCUUCUCCCAGCCCCAGGAAAAAGCUCAGGGAUGAAGCUACCUGCCCUAUUUGCAUGGACUUUUUCACAGAUCCGGUCAUCACCUCUUGCGGGCACAAUUUAUGCCGAGGCUGCGUUUCCAAGUGCCUGAGCAAUUCGGUGUGGAGUGUCGUCUGUCCUCGGUGCAGAGGGAGAGUUCAUCGGAAGGACCUGAUGCCAAACAGGCAGCUGGCUAAUUUCGUGGAGAUCACCAAAGAGCUGAGGAUGCAAGAGGGGGGAACAGGGUGGUGGCGGUUCUGUGAGAGGCACCAGGAGCCCCUGACACUCUUCUGCAAGGAGGACAAAAUCCCCAUCUGCCUAAUAUGCGACAAAUCCAGCAAACACCAAGGACACGCCAAGGUUUCUGGGGAGGAGGCUGUCCAAGAGUAUAAGGAAUGGAUUGGUAGCAAAGUGGAGAUUUUAAGGAAGGAGAAAGAAAAAAUCCUGGAGUACAAAGCAGAAACGGAACGUGAAAGUGAAGACUUGCUUAAGGAAAUAAAAGAGGAAGAGGAGAAGACACUGGCUGAGCUCAAACAACUACACGACAUUUUGUAUGACCAAGAGAAGUGUUUGCUGACCAAGAUGGAAGAGGUGACAGACGAGAUUGAUAAAAGAUCAGCUUUGCAGGACCUCAGGUUCUCCAAGGAGCUCUCUUCUCUUGGAAGGGUCAUCCAGGAGAUGGAGGAGGAGUUUCGGCAGCCAGCAGGUGAACUGCUGCAGGACAUUCAAGGCACCUUGAAUGAGGGUUCUAUGAAAAGGCCGUUUGAGAAGCCAGUGGCUUUUCCUCCUGCACUGAAAUGGAAGAUCUGGGAAUUCCAUGACACAAAUGUCUUUCUGGAGGGCUUGUUUGCGCAAUUCAAAGAUGCUGUGGUAUGCGGAAUUCAGGAGAAGAAAGCUUUUUAUUGAAUAAAAGAUGAAACAAAGUGAAGCAAAAGCACAUCUCUUGAAUUAACAAGAAAAAGAGUCAGAGUUCAAGACUACAUAAAACAGGAAGAAUAACCAAAUAAGACAUACAACUUCUGCCUACAAGCAUUGAUAUUGAAUACAACCCUGGUACAAAACAUCACAACUUACAAUUCAAAGCCAGACCUAGGAAAUAAUUGUAAGCUUUGCUGAGCAUUAUAUUUAAUAAACAGUUCCCAAAUUAA